UCGCCUGCUUCCCUCUUCGAUGGGACGGUGGUGGUGGUGGGGGGAGCCGACCGACGGACGACAACCCAUCAGCAGCAGAAAAAAAAAAAAACCCACCAUGUGAAGAAAAAGCAUAUAAAAGGGACACGGAAAGCUAACCUGCUAGGGUGAGAACUUGUUCAUAGGUCUCACCACGACAGAGUCAUCGUCUUCUACAGCUUGGCGGAGAGCGAAUGGACAGAGCCGGAGAGGAGCAGAGCUGUAGUCUCACUGACGGUCAAGUUAAUAGCAGGGGAGCAGUUGCAGAUUGGCCCUUUCAUGGUAGAAGACACUUAGACCAUGCCGACAAAUAAUGGCCCUGGCCGCUUACCAAUCUUUGUGGCUCCACCUAACAGCAACUCACAGAGGUCUCCAGGUUAUGUCCCCGGGCGGGUGGCUCCAGUCCGCUCGCCGCCACCUGCCAAAGCUCCACCACCUCCACCGAUAAAACCUCACGGACCCCCGCUGGAGCGACAAGCAACUUUUAGCGUGACUGAAGCGAACCAGCACAGAGAACGUGCUAAGAGCCUCCAGCAAAGAAAGAACACAUUUAUCUGUUGUGGAGUGUCCAUUGGGGCUUUCUUCCUUACCCUCAUACUCGUCCUCAGUCUCACAAGUGGAGAUGUGCUAGAUGAGAAUUGCCCGGACCACAACCCGUCCCUAAGCAGCUGGAACCCUGGCCACCAGCCAGAGAAGGCUGUUGUUGUCAGGAGAGGACAUUUGUUUAGAUUAGAUGCUUCUGCUACCUUCCAUUCACUAACCAUCCAGUCAGGAGGUCGGGUAGUUUUCGCAGACAAUAAAGAUGGCACCAAAAACAUCACCUUGAGAACACAUCACAUCCUCAUAGAAGCUGGUGGAGCCCUUCACAUCGGUGCUCCCAAAUGUCGCUACCGUUCUCGAGCCACCAUCGCCCUUAUAGGCCGCUCUGAUGACAAUACAGUCCCGGAAGUGCCUGGCCUGGGCCGCAAGUUCAUUGGCGUCAUGAGCGGUGGGACUCUGGAGCUGCAUGGUACCGAGAGCGUUUCCUGGACUCUGUUGACCAGAAGUAUCCCAGCCUCUGGUCUGACCACUGGAGGUUAUGCAUUCCAGAAGAACUUCAGCCGAGGCAUAAACUUACGUGUGGUGGACCAGGACACGGCUGCUUUGCUGCUCUGUGAACGCUACGAUACUUACGACUCUCGUAAUGACAGUCGACGGCUCAGCCAACUACUGAGGUCACUGCCGGAUGGCCGCAUUGUCACACUGGCUGUCGGAGACUCGGCUGUUAAAAGUCUUCUUGAUGAUACCAAGAAAGCCAUUGAAGACAGGCUCGGCAGCAGCUUUGUCUAUGAUCUUAAAUACAGAAAGGCGUGGGCUUUGGUCUCAGUGGUAGGCGGUGGUAACGCGUCAUGCUCAGAGGACGUCAGGGAACAUGAAAACCACGACACCGGAGGGAGAGCCCUGGCAAGGGGGAACUUCACAACCGUGGAUGGAGUGGGCUUCUCGGUCACCGCCUACAGCGAGUGGAAGAAUGGUGUCGCUAUAUCAGGCUUCCAGGUGGAUGCUGUAGACCAAGUGGUGUUGAACCUGCAGGAUGAAGUGCAGCCCAGCUGGAAACCGGGGCAUCAGAUUGUUGUCGCAAGCACAGACUACUCCAUGCAUCAGGCUGAAGAGUUCACUUUGUUGCCCUGCCAACAAUGCACCAGCAGGCAGGUCAAGAUACAAGGGAAACCUCAGUACAAUCAUGUGGGAGAAAUCUUAGAUGGGGUCGAUAUGCGUGCCGAAGUGGCAUUGCUCUCCAGGAACAUUUUGAUCUAUGGAGAAAUGGAAAACUCAUGCUACGGAAAUAACAAGUGCCAGUUCUACAACCAUGACACCUUUGGAGGCCACAUCAAGAUCUUUGGUAACUUCUCAUCAGUGCAUCUGUCCCACGUGGAGCUGAAGAACAUGGGUCAGCAGGCUGAGAAUGGCCACUACCCCCUCCAUUUCCAUAUAUGCGGGGAUGUGGACCAGAAAGGAGGCUACUGGGAGCCCACUUAUGUGGACGGACUCUCCAUACACCACUCCUUCUCCCGCUGUCUCAGUAUUCACGCUACCAACGGUUUGCUGGUGAAGAACACUGUAGGUUAUGACACCCUGGGUCACUGUUUCUUCCUUGAGGACGGGAUCGAGCAGCGUAACACUCUCUACCACAACCUUGGUCUGCUGACUCGACCUGGGACUCUGCUGCCAACUGACCGCAAUGACUCACUGUGCACCAGCAUCAAGGACAAAGUCUACCAGGGCUACACUCCUUCACCCAGCACAGAGUGCAAGGCAGUUUCAACCUUCUGGAUCGCCAACCCCAACAACAAUCUCAUUAGCAACGCAGCUGCUGGUUCUCAGGAUGCCGGCAUAUGGUUUGUGUUCCACAGCUCUUCCACCGGAGACUCUCAUGGGCUGGUACCAGAGACCAAGGCAGAGCUGACCCCUCUGGGGAUUUUUUACAACAACCGUGUACACUCCAACUUUAAGGCAGGGCUGUUCAUUGAUAAAGGAGUGAAGACCACCAACGCCAGUGCUGCUGACCCCCGGGAGUACCUAUGUCUGGAUAACAGUGCUAGAUUCCGACCACACCAGAAUGCAAACCCAAGCCUUCCUCGGGUUGCAGCCGUCAUCGACACUCUGAUCUCCUUCAAGAACAACGACUUAGGAGCGUGGAUACGGGGAGGAGACAUCGUCAUCGAGAACUCUGGCUUUGCAGACAAUGGAGUGGGAUUAUCAUUUGCCAGUGACGGGAGCUACCCAAAGGAUGAAGGCUCCAGUCAGGAAGUGACACAGUCUCUAUUUGUGGGUGAAAGCCAAAACAGAGGAACGAAUGGAGGACAGAAUAAAUACUGGGGCCCAGGAGGUGCUGAUGCCAAAAUGAGAACACUGCCCAGAAACAGGACGUUCCCUAUCCGAGGUUUCCAGAUCUACGAUGGUCCUGUAAGCCUCACAGAGAGUACAUUUCGCAGAUACAUCCCCACACCUGAGCGUUAUACCAGCGCAGUGGGAUUCAACCUGAAGAACACCUGGCAGCUCACCCCACGAAACAACCUGUCCCUCAACUUCCACUCAACAGUGGGUCUUCGAGCCUUCUUUGGUCGUCCUGGGCAGUGGUUUGAAGAGAACGAUCUGGACGGAGAUAAAAACUCGAUCUUUCACGAUGUGGACGGCUCAGUAACAGGCUACAUAGACACUUACGUAGGCAGGGCUGACAAUUACCUGAUCCAACAUCCUGGCUGUGUGAACAUGUCCCAGUGGAGCGGAGUGAUCUGCAGCGGCCGUUACUCUCAGGUGUACCUCCAGACCCAGGGAGCCCCCAGCCUCAGCUUAUCCAUCAACAGAGAUGAAUAUCCAUAUGCUCCCUUGGUACUAAGGGGUAUUAACAGCCAGGGGGCACCCUCUCAGCAAUACCAGCCCAUCCUGAUGAUGAGCAAGAGCUACACUCUGCACUGGAGUGGACCUGCUCCCAGAGAGAUAGUCCUCUCUCUCAUCAACUUUGACAAAGAUGAUUGGGUACUCGUGGGACUCUGUUACCCAUCAGACACCACCUUUCAGAUCAUGGCUGACAUUUACGAUAGGCAGAGCAACACCUUUGAUGACAUCACAGACUACGGCACUGUAUCCUCCCUUGCAGAGCUGGAGAAGAGGCCGAUGGAGAGGAAGUACUUCUUUGAUCAGACUGCUGGCUUGGUGUGGCUCUACCUCCGAGCCCGGCAUGGUCGUGAGGGUCACAGCUACUGUACAUUUAAAGGCUGUGAAAGAGUGAAGGUCACGGCCACAACAUCCUCGAAACAAACAUGUAACUGCACAUCCAAGGCCUACCCCAAGUACUCCAAGACUCCCUCAGCAGUGGUGCCUAUGCCGCCCCUAAACACAGAGCCCUGCAAAGGCUGUGGUGCUAAACAGCUUGUGUUUUCUAGUGAGCCAUGGACUUCCUACCUCCAAACACAAAUCAAGUCUCUCAGCAGCAAAGAGGAGCAAAGGGGAGAUACGAGCUCUUUUAUCACUGUGAAUGAAGUGACCAUGUCCUUCUCUCAGCCCGGGUUUUUCCUGGUCACAGUGGAUGCCUGCUCUGGAAAAGUCACCAAGAAAACCUCAUUUUCAAAGAUGGACACUAAGAUGGAACAGUACCUAAAAACUGGAAUAGCAAAGAGGUCCAUAGUGCUGAUGGCAACACGAGGUCAACUGGAAGGCCUUGUUGGUGUCGCGCCAUAUCUUGUCUCCUUUGGUUUGGCCAAAGCUGCUGAUCUGCACAGUAAAGAGAGUCUGGCACUUUGGGGGUUCCAAGGUGGUUCUUCGGUCCCUCCGUGGGUCUCGCUACAAGCCGGGCAGGGGGAUGAGGUCCUUGGGCUGCAGGAGCGGUACAUGCCCCUGGGUUUGGAGGCUUACGGCUGUACGCCACCUGCAGCUCAAAAGCGAAAAGAUCUGGAGCUACUCCAAAAAGCCACAGGACUACAAUGACCAAUGUGAACUAUACAACUUAACUACCCAAACACUCUUGCACACAGAUACACAAACACACAACCAGCUGAUGAAUGUGAACUGCUGAACCUUUUAAUUUAUUAACAAUGGCAAAGAUGUUUACCAAUUUCACGUGGAGAGAAGGUAUAUUUGUGUGUGUGUGUGUGUGUGUGUGUGUGUGUGUGUGUGUGUGUGUGUGUGUGUGUGUGUGUGUGUGUGUG